AUAGGGUACAUGUUAGGUACCAGUGGCGACAACCCGCUUCGAUUCGAAACCCUAAGCUCCGCGUCCGCCUAAUGGACGAAGCCGGUGUAGAAGAGCGAAACGCGACUGCCGCCGCCCCGGACGCCGGCCCGGCCCUCUCCAAGAGUGCGCGUAAGAAGCUGGCUAAGCAGCAGCGGCUGGAGGCGCGGAAGGCGGAGCGGAAGGCAGCGGAGAAGGAGCGGCGGCGGCGGGAUGUGGAGCGACGCCGCCGAGAGUGGGAGGAGACGCUGGCGGCGGCCACCGAGGAGGAGCGGGCCCAGAUGAUCGGUUCACGAAGGGAGGCGCGGAGGGAGCGGGUGGAGCGGCGGGCGGAGGAGCGCGAGAUGCGGGCCCUGCGGCUUCGGCGGGCCGCCGAGGUGGGUCCCAAGGUGGUCCUCGACCUCGAGUUCUCCGACCUCAUGACGCCCAACGAGAUCCACAGCCUCGUCCAGCAGAUUAUGUAUUGUUAUGCAGUAAAUGGGAGAUGUGCAUCUCCAGCUCAUCUCUGGUUGACAGGAUGUCAAGGAGAGUUAGAUACCCACUUACAGAGACUUCCAGGAUAUUAUAAAUGGAUCAUUGAGAAGGAAAGCAGAUCUUAUAUCGAAGCCUUUCAGGAGCAAAAGGACAAUCUUGUCUAUCUAACAGCUGAUUCAGAAACUACAUUAGAGGAGAUUGAUCAGAAGAAAAUCUAUAUUAUUGGUGGGUUAGUUGAUCGGAACCGUUGGAAAGGGGUAACUAUGAAAAAAGCAAAUGAACAAGGGAUUCACUCUGCAAAGUUGCCAAUUGGAAACUACUUAAAGAUGUCAAGCUCGCAGGUUCUUACAGUCAACCAAGUGUUUGAGAUACUGCUGAAAUUUAUAGAAACGAAGGACUGGAAAGAUGCAUUCUUUCAGGUAAUUCCCCAAAGAAAAAGAGGUGAACUUGAAGCUCAAACCUAUGAAGGUGAAGAUGAUGAAACUUUAGCCACUGCAAUAGGAAAAUUAAGUGAAGAUGAAGUGGAACUAGAAUCUGCAGAAGAAGAUGGUAUUGUCUUAAAAAAACCACGUACUAUCGAAGCCGAAGUUGCUGCAACAACAGAUGGAGUUGAUCAGCAGCAGUAAGUUUCAAAGGUGAGGGAAAACAGAAAAGCACCACAGAAGUCGCCAAUGUUGUGAGAAGUAACCAUCAAAAACACCACUUAGUGUUGUCUUCCAGUUUCCCAAGAACGUUUUUGUGUAGUUUGCAGGUUUCAGACAUUGACCUUGUAAUGCAGGAUGCAUUUCGGUCUAUAUGCUUCAUCAUAUCUAAUAGAAGAGUAGUUAUCUUAAGAGUUGAUUUGUUUCAUUCGCUUUAAUUAAAGGAUAAUCUUCAGGCAUGGACCUUGACCUGGAUAA